UUGAGGUGUACACAUUCUUUUGUCACUGUCAAUAUUGUUUAUGGAUGUGACAACAAUCUGUUUUUCUUUGAAAUAUUUGGUGGGAUUUUCUGUAUUUAAAUAUAUACUCAUUGAAAUGGCUAGUGACACUCUUACUGCCUCCAUCAUAAACCUUCUAACUUCUGUUUCUUCACUCCAAGAUUGCAUUUUUCAGCAUUGGGUUAACAUGUUUGUUUGAAAAUCUUGAACCUCUGACUUCAACAAAUUGUGGGUUUUUAGCUUUUUGUAACUUCAAGAUUUUGAUCUGCACUUCUUGAAAAAUGCAGGCUUGUUUAUAUAUGAAAAGGGCUUUGGUUUUCUUGAUUUUUUGUUUCUGCUUAGCCAUGGAAGGGAAGGGCAAUGCAAGAAAUUCAAGUGCCACUUCUGUUAGGCCAAAAGUGAUAAGCAUUGGAGCAUUGUUCACAUUCAACUCUACCAUUGGGAGGUCUGCAGGGCCAGCUCUCACUGCUGCAAUUCGAGACGUGAACUCGGAUUCGAGCAUUCUCAACGGGACGAAGCUCAAUCUCAUCGUGCAGGAUACUAACUGCAGUGGUUUUCUUGGAACAUAUGAAGCUAUGCAGCUUAUGGGGAAAGACAUUGUUGCUGCACUCGGGCCACAAUCCUCGGGCAUAGCUCACUCGAUUUCCUACAUCACGAACGAGCUUCACGUGCCACUCCUGUCGUUUGCUGCAACGGAUCCCACUCUCUCAGCUCAGCAUCAGUACCCUUACUUCCUCAGAACAACCAUAAGUGAUCAUUUCCAGAUGUAUGCAGUUGCUGAUCUCAUCGCGUAUUUUGGAUGGGGCGAAGUGGUGGCCAUCUUCGUGGACGAUGACUAUGGCAGGAACGGCAUCUCUGUGUUAGGCGAUGCACUCGCCAAGAAACGAGCCAAGAUCUCCUACAAGGCAGCCUUAACCCCCGGUGCUUCAAGAGCUGAGAUUGACAGCUUGUUGGUGGGAGCAAACUUGUUAGAGACUCGAGUUUUCGUUGUACAUGUGAAUCCGGAUUCCGGCCUCAACAUCUUCUCAGUAGCUAGCAAGCUUGGGAUGAUGAGCAAUGGCUAUGUUUGGAUAGCCACAGAUUGGCUUGCUUCUCUGCUAGAUUCCUCUGAGGUCGAGCCAGAGACGUUCGAGCUCAUACAAGGUGUGGUUGCACUUCGCCACCACACUCCGGAUUCUGACCUCAAAGCACGGUUUGCAUCUCGUUGGAGAAGGCUCGAGGGCAAAGAGACAGCGCGCUUCAACUCCUACGCGCUCUAUGCUUAUGACACAGUGUGGCUGCUAGCUCGAGCCCUCAACGAGUUCUUCUCUAGUGGUGGAACCAUCACCUUCUCCGAUGAUCCGAGGCUGCAAGAGGCUAAUGGCACCAGAGUCACAUCUCUACGAGUCUUCAACGAGGGCUCGAGGCUGCUGCAGGAGCUGCUCAGGACAAACUUCAGUGGUGUGGCUGGUCGAGUCCAGUUUGAUUCGGACAAGAAUCUGGUCCAUCCGUCAUUUGAUGUUCUCAACUUCGGGGGCUCUGGCUCGCGCAGUCUUGGCUACUGGUCGAAUCAGACGGGCCUAUCGACAGUUCCUCCAGAGACACAACAAACAAAGCCAUCAAACACAAGCCAGCAGCAUCUGUAUGGUGUGAUAUGGCCGGGGGAGGCCGCGAAGAGGCCUCGUGGAUGGGUGUUUCCGGACAACGGGAAGCCUCUGCAGAUCGCGGUGCCUUACCGGGUGACUUUCCCUAGCUUUGUGACUAAAGAUGAAGGGCCUUUAGGGGCUAAAGGAUUCUGCAUUGAUGUGUUUGAAGCUGCAGUUGCUUUGUUGCCUUAUCCUGUCCCUCACCAAUAUAUCUUGUUUGGAGAUGGUAGAAGGAAUCCUUCCUUUGACAAUCUUGUCAAUGCUGUUGUGCAAGAUAGAUAUGAUGCUGCUGUUGGAGAUGUGACCAUCACAACAAACAGAACUAGGCUGCUGGACUUCACACAGCCCUACAUGGAAUCCGGCCUCGUCGUGGUUGCUCCGAUGCAGGAGGUUAAAUCGAGCCCGUGGGCAUUUCUGAAGCCGUUUACUUGGCAGAUGUGGUGUGUGACCGGGGUCUUCUUCCUCUUCGUGGGCACCGUCGUGUGGAUUCUUGAACACCGGAUGAACGCUGAGUUCCGGGGGCCUCCGAGUCAGCAGCUCGUGACCGUGUUUUGGUUCAGCUUCUCAACCAUGUUUUUCUCACACAGAGAAAACACUGUUAGCACACUUGGAAGAUUGGUGCUCAUAUUGUGGCUUUAUGUAGUGUUGGUUAUCAAUUCAAGUUAUACAGCUAGUUUGACAUCAAUUCUCACAGUGCAGCAACUUAGUUCAAGAAUUCAAGGAAUUGAUAGCUUGCUCUCAGGUUGGGAGCCUAUAGGGAUCCAAGAUGGAUCAUUUGUGCAUAGAUACCUCAUCGAUGACCUAAACGUAGCCGAGUCGAGGCUCCGGGUGUUGAAGAGCGAAGACGAGUACAUUAGGGCUCUGCAACGAGGCCCGACUGGCGGAGGGGUGGCCGCCAUCAUCGAUGAGCUCCCCUACGUCGAGCUCUUCUUGUCCAACACGCGGUGCCUGUACACCACCGUUGGACAGGAGUUCACCAAGAGCGGAUGGGGAUUCGCCUUUCAGAGAGAUUCUCCGUUGGCCGUUGACCUGUCGACUACCAUCCUCCAGCUAUCGGAAAACGGAGAACUUCAACGAAUCCACGAUAAGUGGCUCCCACGCGAGCGAUGCUCAAACCUAGACAACCCAGCCGACGAGGUUAGGCUUUCGUUGAAGAGCUUCUGGGGCUUGUUCCUUAUCUGCGCCAUCGCAUGCUUCGGUGCUUUGGCGUUCUUCUUCGGCCGGGUUUGUUUCCAAUACAAGAGGUUGAGCACCGACGGAGGGCCGGUUGUGGUUGCGGCUGGUUCGACCUGCCGAUCGCGUAUCUGUGGGCUCUUCAAGGCUCUUAUGGAUAUCAUCGAUAGGAAAGAGACGGAGAUAAAAGACAUGUUCAGGCAAAAGAAGGAAGACUCGAACAGGGAAGCCGCCGCCGGCCAAGGCUCCGACGGGCCAAGGCCCGAACACAUAACCUAGUUUUGUGAGACUAUUGUGAAUAAUAAGACAUAUUGUUGGAGAUUGAUAGGUAAAAUGUUUGAGAGGGAAAAUGCUGCAACAGGGGCAUUUUUCUUCAUUCUUUACCUGAUUUUUGAAUUUAUGACAGAUAAGGAAGAAGUAUAAGAUAAAUUAAUCCUCUGCCA